AUGCACAUUGUCGUUGGCUGGGCCGAAUGGGAUCAACGAGGAGUGACGCGUGUACGUGUGGUUAUGGCGAGUCGCCUCCCACCGCAGACCGUUGUUUGGCUCCGUGCACCUGUGCUACGCUUUCCCGAUCUGCCCAACUUGUUUCCCGUCUCUUCACUUACCUUGCUCAUCAUCAACAUCGCCCCACCUCGAGGGUCUUCCAGCGCAAGCGAACUGCAAUCUCCCUCCCCUCGUAUCCCUUUCCUCCCCUUUGACAGCAGCGUCGCCCUCCCCUUUCUCUCUUGUCGUCCCCUUCCCUGCAACCCCUUCCCCGAAUACCACCUUCACCCUCUCGCGCCAAUCGAUCUAAUCUAUCGUCGCAUGAUGUAUUUCGACUGGGGCCGCUUCCCCCACAUCCUCGACACCGUCGUACUCGCAGCGCUCGGCAGUGGCGACGACCAGUUGGUUCGCACACUCCGCCUGACUCAUCGCGCCACGCGGGACUUCAUCGACCACCGUAUUGUCCAGCAUGUCGAGCCUGAGGUCGCCGCCCGUAUCCGCGCGUUUGACAUGCACAUGGGAUACAAUAUGACUAUGCGCCCAUACGUUGAUCACUACAAGCCCUUCAAGCUUCCCAAUCUUCGAUUCAUGAGGGUGUUCUCAGUUCAUCGCGACGGGGACCCGAAGUUUUGGCUGCCAGACGAUGCCAGAGGUCUAACAAUGAUUUACCUCGUCACCAAACCCUACAACAACGGCUACUCAUGGUUCGUCUUCCGGGCCAAGACACCUACAUUCGCAUCUCGCUGCAUUACUCUGGCACCCGGAGCCUACUGCAUGAAGGGCGAAGACGACGACAGCCACUCCGCGGAGCAAAAUGACAUCGAUGCUUUCACCAAACUCGUGGGGAAGAGCCCGGCCGACUUGUCACUCGGAAAGGGUUUCAUCGGCGCCAUCAUGAAUUCUGGAGCACCAGUCCAGAGGUUGAGUAAUCGUACUGGCCUUCCAUUCUAUCCAGAACCACCUGUGGAAGACUGUGCUGUGGUCGGGCCUCGAGAUCUGGCGAAAGACAUGCUCGAUAAGUUCACAAACGACCGUCAUACUGGGCAGUACCCCUGCAGAUUUGUCACGUUGGUCGACUGGCGAGCGGAGCUGUCCGAUCAUGUCCGACGAAGAGUGGUGGCUGAUCGAGUCCAUCCCCAAGGGCUGCUGGGAGCCCUAGAGAGACUAAGAAACCUCAGGCACCUUAGACCUCGCUGA